GAUCCAGCCAGCAAAUGCAGCAGCUCUCUAUAUUAUCAUUAUCAUCAUCCUCGAGUGCUUUGCAUUCUCCAGACAUUCAGCGAAUUCAGAUCAUACGAUACCACAUCGAAGAGCUCGUUCCACGACCCAACGGUCGACGACGACCGGUGACCAAUACUUAAAUACUCACCAUAUUUCUCUACCUAACCUUACCUCUCUACCACACUUCGACUUACCACAACAAACACUUCCCAUAAUCACUUACCGUUCAACAUGAACGGAGCACAGUUUACAGACAGAGCAAACAAGGCUCUGCUAGAUUGCAGUAAUCUAGCAGAGCAGUACGCCCACUCACAGAUUCUCCCCGUCCACCUGGCAGUCGCCCUGCUGAACCCCUCACCAGAAGAUGCAGAGGGGCAGGUAGUAGGUGCACCUUCAGACGGUGCGCCCUCCCUCUUCAAGCAGGUUGUCGAGCGGUCGCACGGCGACACUCAGCUGCUCGAGCGAUCAUUGAUGAAACAGCUCGUCCGGCAACCCAGCCAGGAUCCCCCACCAGAGCGUGUUGGACUCUCCCCCGCGCUCGCCAAGACGAUCCGCACAGCAACAGAGCUGUCCAAGACGCAAAAGGAUAGCUAUGUCGCUGUCGACCACCUUAUCCAGGCCGUCGUUCAGGACCAGCAGGUCCAGCGAGCCCUGGCAGACGCCAACAUCCCCAACGUGAAGCUUAUUGACCAGGCCGUGCAGCAGAUCCGCGGUACGAGACGGGUCGACUCGAAGACAGCCGAUGCAGAGGGCGAGAACGAGAACCUGAAGAAGUUCACCAUUGAUAUGACCGCUAUGGCCCGGGAGGGAAAGAUCGAUCCCGUGAUUGGCCGUGAAGAAGAGAUCCGCCGAGUUAUUCGAAUCCUCAGCCGAAGAACCAAAAACAACCCUGUCCUCAUCGGUGAACCUGGUGUCGGUAAGACGACCGUCGUCGAAGGUCUUGCCCGCCGCAUUGUCAACGCUGAUGUCCCCGCCAACUUGGCUCAGUGCCGGCUGCUGUCGCUGGACGUCGGUUCGUUGGUGGCUGGAUCCAAGUACCGUGGUGAAUUCGAAGAGAGAAUGAAGGGUGUUCUCAAGGAGAUCGAGGAGGCCAAGGAUAUGAUCGUUCUCUUCGUAGAUGAGAUCCAUCUGCUGAUGGGCGCUGGUUCUUCGGGAGAGGGUGGAAUGGAUGCGGCCAACCUGCUGAAGCCCAUGCUGGCCAGGGGUCAACUCCACUGCAUUGGUGCUACAACCCUGGGAGAAUACCGCAAGUACAUCGAGAAGGAUGCUGCUUUCGAACGACGAUUCCAGCAGGUCUUGGUCAAGGAGCCUUCGGUUCCCGAAACCAUCUCCAUUCUCCGUGGUCUUAAGGAGAGAUACGAAGUCCACCAUGGUGUCAACAUCCUCGACGGCGCCAUUGUCGCUGCUGCAAACCUGGCUGCUCGAUACCUGACCUCGAGAAGGCUCCCUGACUCCGCUGUUGACCUGAUUGAUGAGGCGGCCGCCGCUGUCAGAGUGACUCGUGAAUCCGAACCCGAGGCUCUGGACACCCUUGAGCGGAAGCUGCGUCAGCUCCAGAUUGAGAUUCAUGCUCUGGAGCGCGAGAAGGACGAAGCCUCCAAGACCCGUCUUGAGGCGGCUAAGCAGGAAGCUGCCAACGUCACAGAGGAGCUCCGCCCACUCCGUGAGAAGUAUGAAAACGAGAAGAAGCGCAGCAAGGAGAUCCAGGACGCCAAGAUCAAGCUGGACUCCCUCAAGGUCAAGAGAGACGAGGCAGAGCGUCUGGGCGACACUCAGACGGCCGCCGAUCUCGAGUACUACGCUAUCCCCGAGACCAAGUCGCUCAUCGAGCGUCUCGAGGCGGAACGCCAGAAGAUCGAAAACGAGAACCGUUCUCGCCAGGGCGAGGCGGGAGAGGCACUACUUGCAGAUGCUGUCGGUCCCGACCAGAUCAACGAGAUCGUCGCCAGAUGGACUGGUAUCCCUGUAACCAGGCUCAAGACCACCGAGAAGGACAAGCUGCUCAAUAUGGAGAAGCACCUCGGAAAGCUUGUCGUUGGUCAGAAGGAAGCCGUUACCUCAGUGUCCAAUGCCAUCCGGUUGCAGCGAUCUGGCCUCAGCAACCCGAAUUCGCCGCCUAGCUUCUUGUUCUGCGGUCCUUCCGGUACUGGUAAGACACUGCUGACCAAGGCGCUGGCCGAGUUCCUCUUCGACGACCCCAAGGCCAUGAUCCGGUUCGACAUGUCCGAGUACCAGGAGCGACACUCCCUGAGCCGGAUGAUUGGUGCGCCUCCAGGAUACGUCGGCCACGAUGCUGGUGGUCAGCUGACGGAGAACCUGCGCCGUCGUCCAUUCUCUAUUCUCUUGUUCGAUGAGGUUGAGAAGGCUGCCAAGGAGGUGCUUACCGUCCUGCUGCAGCUCAUGGACGACGGACGGAUUACUGAUGGCCAAGGCCGCAUUGUUGACGCGAGAAACUGCAUUGUCGUCAUGACAUCGAACUUGGGUGCCGAAUUCCUGGCUCGCCCGACUACCAAGGACGGCAAGAUCGAGCCUCAGACCCGUGAGCUCGUCAUGGGAGCCCUGCGCGACUACUUCCUGCCUGAGUUCCUCAACCGUAUCUCCAGCAUCGUCAUCUUCAACCGCCUCACCAGAACGGAGAUCCGGAAGAUCGUCGACCUCCGUCUUGGCGAAAUCCAGCGCCGUCUCGAACAGAACGACAAGAAGAUCAAGAUCGAAUGCACCGAGGAAGUCAAGGACUACCUCGGACAGGCCGGUUACUCGCCUGCCUACGGUGCUCGUCCUCUGUCGAGACUUAUUGAGCGUGAGGUCCUCAAUCGUCUGGCCGUCCUUAUCCUGCGUGGCAGCAUCAAGGAUGGUGAAGUGGCUCGUGUGGUCAUGAAGGAAGGACGGAUCGACGUGCUGCCGAACCACACGGGAGUCGAGUUGGAAGAUGAAGAGAUGGUUGAUGAAGAUGAAGCACUGGCCGAAAUUGAGGAGAACAGUGCCGAUAUGGAUCUCUACGAGUAAACGGAUCUCGAAGAAAAAAGUCGCAGCUGAUGAAUAUUAUGAAGAAAUUGCGAGCACAAAAGCGGAUGUUAAUGAUGAAUAAGCAUGAGCAUGGCGUUGGAGGUUCCAAGUAUCUGUUUUAAUGGGGGUGAUGUAAUCUUCUUCCUUGCAUGUAUUUACAUAGUACAUUUUUGGGGGUUCUUCCAUUUCCAACACGAAUACGGGGAAUGAAUACAGACAAGAUCAUUAACAAAAUAUCAAUGUCCCUUCCGAUUAUACAGCGUAAUCUUCGCAACUUUUCUAUCUUGCAGAUCCUGUAGGCUAGACACCGUCAUAGUUC